CAAAAUAAAGGUCAGCACUGCAUAGAGCCAGCACAGAUGGAGGAGACUCAACAGUGAGGUUUCAUGCCCUGCCCUUCUUUCCUCUCACCAGUGGCUGCAUAAGGUGGCUCCAUAAUGGCUGUGGGUGAGGCCGUGGCACAUGUGAAGGUCAUUCUUCUUCUGCUCUGGCAGGUGGUGUUUCUGUUCCUUUCUGGAUGGUCCCAGAUUGGGACCUCUCAACACAAUGGUCCCCCAGAAGUAGUGAUUCCCAUGAGGCAUUCCAGCAGCAUGACGCCUCCAGGCUGGCUCACUUACAGCCUGCAUUUUGAGGGGCAGAGACACAUUGUCCACAUGAAGGUAAACAAGCAUUUUCUAUCCAGACACUUACGAGUGUUCACCUACUCAGACCAGGGCGCUCUCCUUGAGGACCAGCCUUUUAUCCAGAAUGACUGCUACUAUCAGGGUUAUGUGGAGGGGGACCCGGAAUCUCUGGUUGCCCUCAGUACCUGUUUGGGGGGUUUGCAAGGAAUAUUACAGACAAAUGACAUUGUUUAUGAAAUAGAGCCCAAGAGACUUUCUACCACAUCAGAACAUUUCAUAUAUAAGAUGGACAGUGAGGAGACACAAUUCCUAUCCAUGAGAUGUGGAUUAACAGAUGAAGAAAUAGCAAGACAACUAAAGUAUCAGGAGAGUGCUAAUUUCACUUUGAUGCAGAGUGGGUAUGAAGGCUGGUGGACCCACAGGCGCCUUCUUGAACUGGCAGUGGUGGUGGACCACAAUCGCUAUCUUCAUCACCAAAGGAACACCACAGCUGUGCAGUAUGAAGUAUUCCUUGUUGUCAAUGGAGUAAAUAACUUCUUGCGUUCACUGGAUAUUGAUGUGCUUUUAAUGGGAAUUGAGAUCUGGACUAAAAAAAAUCUCAUUACAAUAAAUACCAUACGUGGUCUCCUAGACGAAUUUUCCAUAUGGAAGUUAACUAGCUUGAAUUACCGCAUUCCCCAUGAUGUUGCACAUAUUUUUGUAAAGCAUGACUACGGUGUUACUGUUGGCUUAGCCUAUAUUGGAAGAGUGUGUGAAUUCCGUUUUAAUUGUGGAGUUGAUAGUUUUAUGAAUGAUAGCUUGUAUGAUUUUGCAUAUAUAGUGUCACAUGAGAUUGGUCAUAAUUUGGGUAUGUAUCAUGAUGAAAAAACUUGUACAUGUGGACAUAAAGCCUGCAUAAUGGCUCCAGAAAAAGUUUGUGCAACUAGAUUCAGCAAUUGCAGCUAUGCCAGCUUCAUGGACACCAUUGCAAGUCGAAAUUGUAUGUAUGUGUCAUCAAGUACAAGACACAUCUUCACAUUUGCACAGUGUGGGAACGGUGUGGUUGAAGAAGGAGAAGAGUGUGACUGUGGCGCUUUACAUUUGUGUAUGAAAGAUCCGUGCUGUGAGUCCAACUGCACUCUCAGCGCUGGAGCUGCUUGUGCUUUCGGGGGUUGUUGCAAAAACUGCCAGAUCCUGCCAACAGGCGAAGUUUGUAGACAAGAGGAAAAUGACUGUGAUCUCCCAGAGUGGUGCAAUGGGACAUCCUACCAUUGUCCAGAGGAUGUGUAUGUGCAGAAUGGGGUGACGUGCAAGGGCGGAGGCUACUGCUAUGAAAAGAGAUGCAAUAACCGUGAAGAGCAGUGUAGGAACAUUUUUGGCAAAGAGGCCAAGAGUGCAAAUCAGAGUUGCUACACAGAAAUGAACACCCGAGGUGACCGAUUUGGGAACUGUGGUUUCAGGUACUCUAGAUAUGCAAAAUGUAAUAUCUUAGAUACCUUGUGUGGGAGGAUUCAGUGUGAUAACGUGACAGAACUUCCCCUUCUGAGAGAUCAUUCUACUGUGCAUUGGACUCACAUCAAUGGUGUCACCUGCUGGGGUACCGACUACCACUUCGGGAUGACCAUACCUGACAUUGGUGAUGUGAAAGAUGGGACAGAGUGUGGGGCAGAACAUGUCUGCAUCAAAAGGAAGUGUGUCCAUAGGUCACUUCUGAUAACUGGUUGUUCACCUGAGAUGUGCAAUCUGAAAGGAGUCUGCAACAACAGACAGCACUGCCAUUGCAACCCGGAGUGGGACCCUCCCAACUGCCUGAAAGAAGGCCAUGGAGGUAGUAUAGAUAGUGGGCCACCCCCUGGGAGGAAAGAUAAUGAAAAGCAAUAUGGGAAGAAAUACCUGGUACUAUUUUGGUUUAUUCCUCUUUUGAUAUUAUUACUGUGUUGGCUAUUUUGCCUCUUUAUUAGCAUCUUAAACAACAACUAA